GCAGCUGCGGAGAGCAGAGCCGAGCAGACAGUCCACAGGAGCCCAGCUGACAGGAGCUCGUCUCCCGGUUUCGUGUCCCUGCGACCCACCCGGCCUUUCGGGCUAUAAAAUCAUUUCUUUCCAACUUCAGCUACAGUGAUAGCUAAGUUUGGAGAGGAGAAAAGGGGAGAAACGCCGUGUCUUCUUUUGUUUUUUCCGGUUAUUGUGUCAGUUAGGUGCAGAGGUAGUCGGAGUCGACCUCCUUUUGCAUUACAAAAGGGGAUCUAGCAGAAAAGAGAGAAUAUAUAUUAGACAUAUCAAGCCGGUUGUUUCUAUCUGAAGAGCUUUAAAAUGGAUAACUCUGGAACUAAAAAGACGUGCAUGGAAUCCACCCGAGACUUCUUCACCUCGGCCAAAUUUCUCAUCUACAUGGGCCACGCUCUGUCAACAUGGGGUGACCGGAUGUGGAACUUCGCUGUGGCAGUUUUCCUGGUGGAGCUGUACGGGAACAGCCUGCUGCUCACUGCCGUGUAUGGGCUGGUGGUGGCUGGCUCGGUGCUCCUGCUGGGAGCCAUCAUCGGGGACUGGGUGGACAAAAACCCCAGGCUUAAAGUGGCCCAGACUUCGCUGCUGGUCCAGAACAGUUGUGUCAUCGCGUGCGGGGUCCUCCUCAUGCUUGUUUUCCAGUUCAAAGACCAGCUCACGGAGCUCUACAAUGGAUGGAUUCUGACGACUUGCUACAUCCUGGUCAUCACCAUCGCCAACAUUGCCAACCUUGCCAGCACGGCCAUGUCCAUUACCAUCCAGAGAGACUGGGUGGUUGUUGUAGCAGGUCAGGACAGCAGCAAGUUGGCAGAUAUGAAUGCCACAGUGCGGAUUAUUGACCAGCUGACCAACAUCCUGGCUCCCAUGUUAGUGGGCCAGAUUAUGGCCUUUGGCUCUCAUUUCGUUGGCUGUGGCUUCAUCUCUGGCUGGAACCUGUGCUCCAUGUGUGUGGAGUACGCACUGCUGUGGAAGGUCUACCAGAAGACGCCCGCGCUGGCUGUGAAAGCUGGACAGAAGGAGCAGCAGCAGGAGCUCAAACAGCUCAGCCCUACAAAAGAUUUGGAGAAUGGCCAGAGUCCCGAGGAGUCAUCUCAGCCACUUAUGAACGAAACCUCCGUUGUUGCCAAGUCUGACUCUCCCAAACAGCGCAGCUGUUGCUACCAGAUGGCUGAACCCGUGCGCACCUUCAAGGCCGGCUGGGUGGCCUACUACAACCAGAACAUCUUCUUCGCCGGCCUUUCACUGGCCUUUCUUUACAUGACGGUGCUGGGCUUUGACUGCAUCACCACAGGCUACGCCUACACACAGGGCCUCAAUGGCUCGGUGCUCAGUCUGCUGAUGGGAGCCUCGGCCAUCUCGGGCAUCUGCGGCACCGUCGCCUUCACUUGGGUUCGCAAGAAGUGUGGCCUGAUCCGCACUGGCUUCAUCUCCGGCAUGGCCCAGCUCUCCUGCCUCAUACUGUGUGUCAUCUCAGUCUUCGCUCCUGGAAGCCCCUUCGACCUCAGCGUCUCACCCUUCCAGGACCUCUACACCCAUCUGAUUGGAGAGAAGACCCUGCCUGAAGCUGUCCACAGCCUGACCGGUGGAAACAUCACUAUGCCUACUACUGCCGCACCAACCCAAGAGCUGCCACCUAUGCAGUCCUACAUGUCUGUUAGUCUGCUGUUUGCUGGCGUAAUUGCUGCUAGAGUUGGUCUGUGGUCUUUUGACCUGACAGUGACCCAGCUCAUCCAGGAGAAUGUGAUCGAGUCAGAGCGAGGUGUGAUCAACGGCGUCCAGAAUUCCAUGAAUUACCUCUUAGACCUUCUGCACUUCAUCAUGGUGAUUCUGGCCCCAAACCCAGAGGCCUUUGGCCUUCUGGUCAUCAUCUCUGUCUCCUUUGUGGCCAUGGGCCAUAUGAUGUACUUUCGGUUUGCCUUCAGGAGCCUGGGCAACCGCCUCUUCCUCUGCUGCUCGCCGGAGCAGAAGGUGGAGGCAGUUGACAAUCCUUCACUUCCUACCACCGUCUAAUCCCAUUAAAGAGACUCUGUCCUGGGUACAUACAUCUCAAACCUUACACUAGCCCUGCAUCUUAUUUAUCUCACUAACAUCUUAGCUUGUAGCUGGCAGAGUGCUAACGUAAAGCGUAGACAACAUGCUAUCGGUAGCCAUUAACCAUUAGCAGUAGCAGAGGAGUAGAAAGUGUUAGAAAGUAGUGAAAGUUUAGAUAAUGCAGGGGUUUCUGUAGCGUUUUCAGUCUGGGAGUCAGGUGAGCGCCUCAGCCAUACACCUAUGGAUCCACGCUCCUUAACACAUGCAUGCGCUGUCCAACAGGGGUCCAUCGCUUCUGGGUGCUGUUGGAGAAAUCAUGGACAGUGCAGUGUAAAAUCCUCUCCACCUAACAGCCCGCAUGUAGCUGUAAAGAUGUCUAAAAGGUGCUUCAGCAAAAAAAGGGCAGAAUGAGAGAGAAAUCUCAUAGAGGAAGCUGAGAUCCUGACAGUCAGGACGCCACUCGGGUUGCCUCUCAGUUUGGGUUCGUUGGUGCUGUCGCUGCAUCCGCUCACUGUUCUCUCAUAGACUUCUUUCUGUGCUGGCUUACAUAUAUAUAUAUAUGUGUGUGUGUGAUGAGCAGGUUGUGGAUACUUUUUAUUUAACCAAACAGAAAACUGGGAUCUUGUCUCUUUAAUGUGUGGUGUUGAGCAUUUAGCUGUGUUUAUUCAGGAAAUGCAGGCGGUGGUUUUUGUAAUGACUGUAUCAUCAGUAUUGUGUUGUGUGCUUGCAGUUGUGCCAUAUGAAACACAAACAUCCUAUGCACCUUUAUCAAUAGCUCGCAGUUACCAAAGUUAAAGUCCAUACAUGGCUUAAAAGGAAGUGAGGGAAACCAGUUUUGGCUGUCUAAGCAUUCCAAAUAUACACAAUAUUUUGCAUCCAGUGAAAAUCUUACUGUAUCUGAACCCACUUGUAGAUUGUAUCUAAUCUUUUUUUUCUGGUAGUUUACAAUUAUAUGAAGAUGUGUUAGGGCCGUUCUAGGAUUGUGG